GAAUGUUCUCCAUAUGCAGCUCACUUGUACGACGCCGAGGAUCCCUCCACCCCCGUGCGGACGAUACCAGGACUUUGCCAAGACUAUUGCCUGCAAGUGUGGCAAAAAUGCCGCUCCAUUUUUCGCUAUCUCUCUGCAGAUCAAGAGUUAAUUGCACUGGAGAACAACAUGGCAAAAUUCUGCCGUUACCUGUCCUUGGAGGACACAGACUACUGUUUUCCACACCUGCUAGCUAACCAGAACCUUAACCAAAACCUGGGGUUAGUCACCGCCGACGCGGAGGGCUGUCUCCAGCUCUGCCUCGUCGAGGUUGCCAAUGGGCUGCGCAAUCCCGUAGCGAUGGUGCACGCCAACGAUGGUACCCACAGGUUCUUCAUUGCGGAGCAGGUUGGCCUGGUGUGGACCUACCUCCCCAAUCGAUCCAGGCUCGAAAAGCCAUUUCUGAACAUCAGCGAGGCCGUACUUACCUCACCUUGGGAAGGAGACGAGAGAGGUUUUCUAGGUAUUGUCUUCCAUCCUAAAUUCAAAUUUAAUGGUAAAGUGUAUGUCUACUAUUCAGUUGAAGUUCGUUAUGAAGAGAGAAUCCGAAUCAGUGAGUUCAGAAUUUCUGCUGCUGACAUGAAUGCUUUGGACCAUGGUUCUGAAAGGGUAAUCCUGGAAAUAGAUGAACCCGCUUCCAACCAUAACGGAGGAGAGCUGCUCUUUGGAGAUGAUGGGUAUCUCUAUAUAUUUACUGGAGAUGGAGGCAUGGCUGGGGAUCCUUUUGGGACCUUUGGAAACGCCCAGAACAAAUCAACCCUGCUGGGCAAAGUGCUGCGGAUCGAUGUGAACAACAAUGACCGUGGGCCUCUGUACCGAAUCCCUCCCGACAACCCUUUCCUUAACGACCCUAAGGCUCGCCCCGAAAUCUAUGCAUAUGGAGUGAGGAAUAUGUGGCGCUGCUCUUUCGAUAGGGGCGAACCUCAAACCAAGGAAGGGAAAGGGCGGCUCUUCUGCGGAGACGUGGGGCAGAAUAAAUACGAAGAAAUUGAUAUCGUCGAGAAAGGGAAAAAUUACGGCUGGAGGGCAAGGGAAGGAUUCAGCUGCUAUGACAAAAAACUUUGCACCAAUUCUUCAAUGGAUGAUGUGCUUCCAAUUUAUGCCUAUCCACACAAAAUGGGGAAAUCCGUUACGGGAGGCUAUGUUUAUCGGGGUUGCGAGUCUCCAAACUUGAAUGGCCUGUACAUAUUUGGUGAUUUUAUGAGUGGACGCCUGAUGUCUUUGAAGGAGGAUCGUGCUACCAGAGAAUGGCAGUACAGUGAAAUCUGCAUGGGGACGGGACAAACGUGCAUGUUCCCUGGGCUCAUCAAUAACUAUUACCAAUACAUCAUCUCCUUUGCUGAAGAUGAAGCGGGAGAACUUUACUUCAUGUCUACCGGCAUACCGAGUGCCACAGCACCCCAUGGAGUGGUAUACAAAGUGGUGGACACCUCUAGGAGAGCACCACCAGGAAAAUGCCGAGUUGAGCCGUCGCCAGUGAAAGUAAAAAGCAAACUCAUCCAGUUUGUGCCAAAGGAGAAGCUUAUUGUGAAAACACCAACGCCACGUCCCCGGCUGAAGGCCACGGCUGAGGCCCCACGGGGAGGCAGACCAGAACCCGAAACCCCCCGCACGCCAGCU